AUGCCGCCUAGCAAACCAACCCCGGGCGAUGAACGAAAACCUCGCUGUGAAAAUUGCGAGGCGAAGGGAUUUUCGUGUCGGUAUGGCGCCGAUCUUACCUUUGUGUCAGUACCGAACCCAAGGACACAGUCACCAAAGGGCCCGGCUACGAGGGCUUUGAAUUAUAAUACGAUCCAAUUUAUUGAUGACCGCCCGGCGACGUCAAGUAUAACAUCUAACUGUGGACCUCUUGCAAAUGGUCAGGGUACUAGCACCGGCGCAGUUCCGGCUGCGAGUGCUACCCAAAGCUCUAUCAUCGACCAACCGGUCGAACAGGCCACUGCUGAUCGUGCCGAAACUGAUGAAUUCAACCGGUCCGCAUAUCUUUCAGGUCUUGAUGCCGAUAUCUCCCGGGAAUCCACGUUCUCGGAUUCUAGUACUGCCUCCCAGCUCCGAAAUAACCCUGGGACCGUUGCCAAGGGUCGGAGUUUGGCUUAUGUUUCGGGAAAUUGCAGCUCUAGCUCCUGUGUCCCCAUCACCAGCAACCCGGCUCAUCCCAUCUCGACCAGUGAACCUGAUGAGAUUGCUCUGCUGCGUUACUUCCGCUACCAUCUGGCCCCGUGGAUCGAUAUUGGGGACCCUGAAUGCGGAUUCGAGAUUCAGGCAUUUCUCCUAGCAAAGACCGAGCGGCCACUGUUGGCUGCCAUCAUGGCGCUUGCCCAGAUUCAUUCUUCACUACAGCGAAACAGCGAUGCUAUCGAGGUGAAUGCUACGUUUCAGGAAGAGGCUGAACGUGGUCUCGCCCACGCGGAUGAUCCUGUCAAGUCAAUGGGACAAGCCCUCUUGAUGUUGCACGACUUCUUCUUCUCUCGUCCGCGACAAUGGCGAGAGUUUCUACGAGCUCACACACGUGGAUUGAGUGGCCUUGAUUUUGCGGAUACCCCACAGGGUUUGCUAAACCAGCCAUGGUGGCUGCUCCACUCUCGGAUUGGUACGCUAUCCCAGUUUCAUCCACCCGCUUAG